UUUCUCCCCCUCCCUUCUUCUGCGCACACUUCCUCUUCUUUCUCCCCUCCCCCCCUCCUUCUACGUCAUUUCUCCCAGCCUCCCCUUUCUCCUUUUCUUCUUGUUAAUUUCCAUUCCCUUUCCUCCUCAUUCUUCUUCUUUUAUUUAUUCUUGCGCCAGCACUCAGUCGUUUCACCAACACCAACGGCGUGGUUGCAGCUGGAAUCAAUGCGACGGUGAGGAUGAGACGGUCGAUUCGCCGCUCCAACAAGAAGCUCCAAUACCAGGCCUUAAUAUUGAGGAGAAGAUGUUGGAGUUGCAGGGAGACAACAUUGAUACUAAGUUCCAUUCCAAAACUAAGUUUAGACAUGUUGGUGUAAUCUCGAGAUUUGCAAGGAGAUCAUUUGCUACUUUUAGGAAUAUUUACUAAAAUAAUACAAAAACAUACUCUUGGGUGUACAAGUUUAUCAGUACAUAAGACUUAUAUAUGUUGUUUACCUCUAUUAUGUAAGUUCUUGUAAUAGUCACUUUGUAAAAAUGUUCUGUUGUUCUUAUAUAUAGUUUGUAAAUGUAUUUAGAAUGUAAAAUUGAAAGUGUCCUAGAAUGUACUACCCAAAUGUUACUUUAUUAAUGAAUAUGUAUUUCCUCUUUU